AUGAGCCUUUGUCGGCUUCAACAGCAAUUGCUUAGUGACAGCGUACCUCCUCGUCCGCUUAUCGAUGAAAUCGUUCCGAUGUCAAAUCUUCGCGAGGAAUAUGAAAAUGGAUCAGCUGCCUUUGUAAACCAAAUUGACUCGCUUACGGCGCGUGGAUAUGAUAGUGUUCGCAGGACACGAGGCGAUGGUGACUGUUUUUACAGAUCGCUUGCGUUUGCUUAUGUCGAACGUAUAUUGCAGAGCCCAGAACCCGAUUUUGCCGUUGCAAGUAGUGUAUCUGCCCUCGCCGCUACCAGAGAUUCUCUCGACAAAGCAGGAAUUGACAAAAUUGUCUACGAAGAUAUCUAUGACGAAUUUGUAGGCCUCAUCAGCACCAUCGUUCAGCCAAACUCCGCAGGGAAAAAGUUGGAUUCCGCUGGGCUCUUGCUUGCGUUCCAGUCGCCCGAAAUGUCAAACGCCGUUGUGGUGUAUAUGAGGUUCUUAACUUCAGCUGAAAUUCGAGUUCAUCGAGAAAAUUAUGAAGCGUUUUUGAUACAUCCUGAAACCCACGAGCCGAUGGGCGUGGAUGCCUUUUGCGCUAAUAUCGUCGAGCCUCUCGGAAAAGAAGCUGACCACGUUGAGAUCCAGGCACUGUGUGCUGCCCUCCAACUAAAUGUGGAUGUAGCAUAUCUAAAUGGUGGCUCUGAAGAGGGAGUUGUUGACUUUAUUCCUUUCCGGUAUGCCUCCGGAAGCGAGAGCCUUCCCCUCGUCCUACUCUAUCGGCCAGGCCAUUACGACCUCCUUAUCAAGGGGAAACAGGGUGAACAGGAAUUGAGACACUGAUAAAUUGCCUUGUGGCGAUAUGUACUUUUUACUUUUUUGAAUGUGUUGAGGCUA